UGAAUCAGCAAAUAAUCUUUAAUAUGAACUUUGACCUGAGCUCUACUUAAAAACGUGCCAGGACUCGAACUCAGACUGCACUGCACUAGCACUGCACUGAAUCUACUGUGUGUAAAGACAUAUCAAUCAUGGCUCGUAAUCAAGAAAAAUCAAUGUUAUUAUUGAAUCGUUUCUAUGAAGCCAAGAAAAAUGAAGGCAGGGCAGUGAAGGUUAAGAGACCUUUCCUGGCGACCGAGUGUGAUGAUGUACACAAAGCUGAGAAAUGGAGGCUACAGAUCAUUAGAGAAAUCUCCAGGAAAGUUUCACAAAUUCAGAAUCCUGGCCUUGGAGAGUUCCGUAUUCGCGACCUCAAUGAUGAGAUCAACAAGCUGAUUCGAGAGAAGAGUCACUGGCAGGAGCGUAUCAGGGAGCUGGGUGGACCCGACUACUUUAAAGUUGGCCCUCGUAUGUUGGAUCACGAAGGAAAGGAGUUGCCAGGAAACAGAGGAUACAAGUAUUUUGGAGCAGCGAGAGACUUGCCUGGUGUGAGGGAGCUUUUUGAGCAGCGAUAUGUGAAGCCCCCUCGGAAGAAUCGUGGGGAGCUGGCCAAGUCUGUUGACGCUGAUUACUAUGGUUACCGUGACGAGGAGGACGGGGUUAUAGUCCCGCUGGAGCAGGAGGCAGAGAGAAAAGCCAUUGCUAAGAAUGUGGCCAAGUGGCAGGAGGACAAAGUACAGGGUAAACUGGAGUCAACAACAAAAGACAAUGAAGAGGAUAUCUACAGUGCUGCGAGACUGGCUGAUAUACAGAAUGAGGUGGACAGUGAUGAGGAGGUCAUGGAAACAGAGAAGAGUCUCGUGGCACACGUCCCAGUGCCCUCGCAGGAACAGGUUGAAGAGAUGCUAGUCAGGAGAAAGAAAAUGGAGCUGUUGUCCACUUACGUAACUGAGUCACUACAAGCUCAGGGGGAGGAGGCCAAGGCUCUGCUGGGAUACCAAUAAACACUGGGAACUAUUAAUGAACUAUUCUCUGUCUAAAUUGUCUGUGCUAGCUAUAAUUAUAGCUGGGUUCUUGUCACUUGUUAACUGUGGUCAAUUUAUUAAACGAUUAUCAUAAUUUG